AUGAAGAGAACACUUCAAUUGUUUGCUAGACAAACGAGAAGACAAAGGGUUUCCGCAAAACUGCCUACACCUAAGGCUUUCAAACCCGUCGAGGUAUCAGAAACGCAUCCUCUAUGGCAAUUCUUUCGAAAUAAACAGGCACUAUUCCCUCCUGAAGAAGAGGCCAAGUUCGGACGUGCUUGGACGGCAGAAGAACUUCGAAUCAAGUCUUUUGAUGAUUUACAUGGUCUGUGGUAUAAUUGUUUGCGUGAAAAGAACCUGCUUUCGACACAAUCAACAGAAUUGAGACGUCUUCAACUGGAUGUUCCGAAAGUACUGAAAGACCGUAACAAAACUGUCGGACAAACAAUGGCUCGUAUCAAGUUUGUUCUAUGGGAGCGACAAAGAGCUUACGAAUCUGCAAAAGAAUCAGAGCAAGUGCAAAAGACAACGCAAUCGAAGAAGGCCAAAUAA